ACUUUCUUUAGUUCAAAAAUAAAGAUGGUGGCAAAACAAGAGGGUGAUAUAGCAAGAACGUCAGAAAUGUGCUCGAAAUAAUUUGAAGACUGUAAUUUCCUCUGUGAUAAUGUAAUCUAUAACGUGACUUUACGAUAAUUUUUACCUAAUAUCAGCAAUCAAGUGGUGCUGUUUACAAGAAGCGCUUUUUGUGCCUGAUUCCAUUAUUCAAGGAGUACCCUUUAAUAUUUCGUAGUUCAAGAUGGUGGUCAGCGACGCAAGCAUUCGCAACAUAAUGGAGGGGAUGGAGAGCACAGCAGGGGUGCGGUUGCAUAACCACAGAAGGAAGCUGAAACAGAGGUUUGACAUCAUCAAGAAACUGGGGCAAGGAACGUAUGGAAAGGUGCAACUGGGAAUCAACAAGGAAACAGGCCAGGAGGUUGCCAUCAAAACUAUAAAGAAAGCCAAAAUAGAGACAGAAGCUGACCUGAUCAGGAUACGACGUGAAAUUCAAAUUAUGUCGUCGGUACAGCAUCCGAACAUCAUCCACAUAUAUGAGGUGUUCGAGAACCGGGAGAAGAUGGUGCUGGUGAUGGAGUACGCUGCGGGCGGCGAGCUCUAUGACUACCUGAGCGACAGGAAGGUGCUGACCGAAGAGGAGUCGCGGAGGAUAUUCCGGCAGAUAGCCACCGCCGUCUACUACUGCCACAAGCAUAAAAUUUGUCACAGAGAUCUCAAACUAGAAAACAUACUCUUGGAUGAACACGGAAGUGCUAAGAUUGCAGACUUCGGGCUGUCGAAUGUGUUCAAUGACCAGAGGUUACUGAGCACAUUCUGUGGCAGUCCUCUGUAUGCAUCCCCGGAGAUAGUGAAGGGCACGCCUUAUCACGGCCCCGAAGUGGAUUGCUGGUCACUUGGUGUGCUUCUCUACACAUUGGUGUACGGGGCCAUGCCGUUCGAUGGCUCUAACUUCAAGCGCCUGGUGCGUCAGAUAUCAAAUGGAGACUAUUUUGAACCAAAGAAACCGUCACCCGCGUCGCCGCUGAUCAAGGACAUGCUGAACGUGGUGCCGGCGCGGCGCGCGGACAUAGAGAAGAUCUGCUCGCACUGGUGGGUGAACCAGGGCCACGAGGAGAGCUGCCUGGACGUGGCGGAGGAGCUGGCCAAUCAGACGCCGGUCAGGCUGGACCUGCUGCUGUCGCUGGCUCCUCCGGGCCCUGGCGUCGGCAGCGACAAGCUCAUGGUGGGCGGCGAGGAUGACGACGGCUCGAUCCGCAGCGACGGCACGGCGGGGGCGCCCGCGCGCUCCCACUCGGUGGGCAGCCUCAUGGAGCUGGACCACCCGACCGUCGAGAGCAAGAUACGCGAGUUCCAGGCGGACAAGCGGCGCGGCAGCACGGGUGCGGACUACAAGGACGCCCCCAAGAGGAAGCUGGAAGAAGGUAUUUCCACGGAGGAUGCGGCACGAGGGGGAGCGAAGCGCAAGGACCGCAGUCGGCGGCGGGAGAGGGAGCGCAGCUCGGAGCGGCGACAGCACCGAUCCAGCAGCAGCAGCAAGCAUGAUGCGCAGCGAGUGCCGCUGAAAGGGGGCGAGGAGAUGGACGUGGAUGUACCUCCAGAGGGUGCGACAGCCUUGCCCGCUGCGGAGGAGCGAGAACCACCGCCAGUCGAGCCAGACGACCAGGAGAGUCCUGCCUUGGAGUCCCCGGUCCAGGACGUCCCGGCCAGGAAGACUGUCAAGAAGAAGAACAAACCAGAACCUGAGAGCAAGACUGAGGAUGAGGCAGUGCGUGGCGAGCAAGGCAGUGAGGAACAACCGAGCAGGGACGAGGACACCACAGCUGCCUCGGUGAAGGGGGAGAGCACAGUUGCUGACAGCGAGCCAUCUGUCGGAGAAGCAGAGGGGAAAGAAGUUGACAUUCGGAAACCGGAGGUUCCCCGCGACGCGGACAAAGGUGAUGAUAAGACUGCUGCUGAGGCGAGUGAGAAGGACAACGAAGCUAAAAGUAGGAAAGAUGCGACGAAAGCAGGACCAAAGAAGGUUGUAACGAAGACGAAGAAGAACAAGAGUGACUUGACCCUUGGCAAGUUGGGCAGCCCGGAGAAGUCUGGCGCGAGCACGCCGGAAGACAUGGCCUCCCCCACCAGGGUGGUAGAGCGACGCCGUUCCAAGAUAUUCGAAACAGCUGAAAAAUUCAACAGUCUUCUGAGUGGUGGGUCAGAACCAGUUGGUGGGAAACCCAAGAAAAUGUUCAUCCCGGGAGUGAAGGUGAGCGAUGCCAAGCAGGCGUUUGAGAGGAAAUCGUCCUUGAGUGGCCCGUCCGUCCCAAGUCCUGGGCCGGUGAAGUCAUCCACUGCGAAGAAAGUGGCAGAGCCCGUCAUGAACGGAAGCAGCCCUACGAGCACCGAUGUUCCUGCAGCUGCCAGUACUGCCGCUUCUGCCAGGAAUGGCGAAGAUACAAAGAGCAGUAAAUUGCAUCCGCUGAAAGAUACUGAUAAAUCAAAUAAGACGGAACUAGUCGAAGGAGCUGAAUCAGCAGAUAAGCCAGAAACCAUGGUGAAUGGUAAGAGUGAUUUGGCAAACGCAGAAAACGAAGAAGAGUUAGAUUUGAAGCUGAUCCCUGCAUUGCGAAUCCAGGACAAGAGUUCAGAGCAGGCGGAGGCCAGGGUGAAGAAGCUGAAGGAGGCGAGAGAGAUAAUCAGCAACGCCAUAUCGGAGGAGAACAAGAAGGACAUAGCUGACGUCGUAAAGAGGAUAGCCCCAGGAAGACCUCCGGUUCCUGCCGUCAAGACGAAGCCUGCUAUGGGUAGCGGGCCGGCCUCACCAACGCAGGUGCCCGAGAAGAAGAUUGAACCAGAGAGAAAUGAUGCUGCGACCCCAGAAAAGAAGUCCUCGAAAGUCGAAAUCACUCUCAAGUCGGCUACGUUGCCGAGGAGGAAGACUUCAAAAGCAGAGAUCAAGCUGGAGUACCCCAAUGGCAAAGUGCCUUUAGUGGAGUUCCGCACGGAAGUGGCCCAGAUGGUGGGAGGGGCGACGCUGCCCAUGACGCCCAACAGGCUGAAGACCCAGCGGUCGGAAGUGGCGUUCCCGGUCGCGGCAGCUCCCCCCUCACCCCAGCACAGGUCGGCGUCCCUGGAGCCCGAGGGAGGGGUGAGCAAGGACAAGCCUCGGCCUCGUGAGCACAUCAUCCCCAUCCAGGUGGAGGCAGGCUCGGAGGAGAAGCAAGGGACCUCGCCCGGGCCGCCGGCCGCCCGACCUCCCGUGCCGCCGCUGCAGCACCAGCGCUCCCAGAGGUCCAGCCUGUCCAGGCAGAGCACGGCAGACUCCGACACGGACAGCACCAUAUCCGUGGGGCCCGAGCCGAUCCGCAAGUCGCCCCGGGAGUACAUCAUCCCGAUAGCGGUGGAGGGCGGAGGCUAUGUGACGCCGCGGGCGGGCAGCCUGGAGCCGUCGACGCCCGACCAGGGCUCCGAGGGACACCCUCUGGGGGGUCGGCAGCCGGGCAAGCUGUCCCGGCCCAGGAGGAUGAGCAGCUUGCUGGGCGACAGCGGGGCCAGCGAGGACGAGGGCUUCAACAGCGCCUUCGGCACGCUGCACCGGCACGGAGACAACCCCGACGAGGACCGCCCCUUCACGCACAUGCACCGCCUCAGGAGCUCGCGGCCGCGCAAGCACCUCGAGCAUACGGACAGCGUGAGCUCUGCUGAGGAAGACGAUGACGACGACAACUUUGAGAUCCUCACUGCCGAGUCACUUUUCUCUACGCUGCUGUCCAGGGUGCGGAGCCUGACGCAGCGCCUGAACGUCGAGGACGGGAUGCGGCCAGGCUUCCAGUCGAGCCGUCUGCUCAGCCAGCUGGCCAAUAGCGUCCACCCGUCCAGCUUCAUCUCCAGCGUGUAUGGCUCCAACCCCUCCAGGCGCACGUCGGACUCGUCGCACUUCUCGCGCUCGUUCAGCCGCGACAGCGAUGCCUCGACGCCCUGGAGACGCAGCAUCAGCGUCAGCCGGGAUGCCUCUGACGCGGGCGGCGAGCCCAAGAGAGGAUGCGUGAGACCUGACCGCGGAACCCCGAGCAACGACGCGACGAGCGAACCCGAUGACCCCACGAGCGCCGGCCUCUACACCUACACGCCCAGCUCCAGCGUGUCUCGCUGUCUCCAGAGGCAGCUCUCGGACACGCCCGGCCACGCCACGCGUGAGGACUACGUAGCGGCCGUGCUGAGGUCGCUGGAGAGCGGAGAGAAGCUGCCCUGCCGGCGGCCGAGCCGGGCGCUCUCGAGGCCCGAGUCGGGCCGCUACCUCCCGCUGACGCGGCGGUCCCUCAGCCUGCUGGAUUCCUCCUCGCACGGGCCCCUCUCCUCCCCGGCAUCCGACAAGUACAACUACAGCUACCGCCCUCUCAGGUCGUACAAGGGCGGGUCUGCAUCCGACUGCGGGGACCCCCCUGGCCACGGCGCGAACGUGCUGCCGCCCUUGCCCUUCGGCAUCUCCUCUCUCAGGAGGAGGAACUACGGCCAGCAGGUUUCAUCCGACCGUGCUGCGGAGAGGGAAGAUGCGGUGCUUGCAAGCGUGGAUGUCAGACGUGAUGAUGUGUUGGAAGAUGAAGAUUCACAAUUUAAAAACACGUCUUGUGCUAAGGAAAGAGAUGUUGCUAAAAAAACUUCAUUGCUGCCAUCUGGUCAUUUGACAGGUGGCGUCACGCUAGAUUCCAGCCCACGAAAAUUAGAUAAUGAUACAAAGAAAAAUGCUUUCACCGCUUCACAAAAUGAAAUGUGUAAUAGUUCAAAUGCUUGUGAAAUAAAUUCGACGGAUCAGUGCAAAAAUGUUAGUUUAGAUGCACCAGAAGUAAAUUUGUCUUCUGUUAUUCGUAGAUGUGAUAACCAGGAAAAUAAACUCCGCAGUCAAAUACCUUCGCUGUCGCGUUUUAGAUCACUAUCGGUUUGUCGUGAUUUGGAUACUUCGAAGUCGAAAAAAGAGGCACUUUCUGCAGGCGUUACUUCAACACCGGAGAAGUCAAUUCUCAGCAAAUUCUUCAGACAGGGUUCUGUAGACCGAGUAAGUGGUAAUGUUUCAAGUAAUGAAGACAAGGAAAAAAAGAAAUCCGGAAGUAGUACCCGGCGCAUAUCGAGGUUCUUACGGCCUGAUUUCUUCGAUACGCCUCGAGAAGAGAGUGAGUAUGCCAAACAGAAAGAAGCGAAGAAAGCAGCAGAGGCAGAAGAAAAGGCAUUAGCAAGAAAGAAGAAAUUGACAGAGAAGCUUGAUGCAGCCAAGAAAGUCAUUGACUCAAACAAAGUUCUUGGAAAUGACGUGACCAGGAAAGUUAUUGGUUCAAAAAAGUUGCAGGAUGUUAAGAAAACAGAAAACUCUGGCAAAGAUUGUAGAGAUAAGGAAGAAAAGAAAAAUAGUGCAAAGAAGGUUGAUGCAAAUGUAAAAGAUGAAAAUGAAAAGAGGGAUGCAGUAGUGAAUAAUGUUAGUCGGAAAGGAGAUAAAACAAAGAGUGAAGCGUUUGUCAAGCAGGCUGGUAAAAACAGUUUCUUGCAUUCUUUGGAGAAAAAGCUGGAGAAGUUUUGCUCGUCUGGAGAUGGAGUCGUGCCGGUGAACGUCAGGAACAGCCGGGUGGACAAAGCAAUCCGGUCCUUGAGAGAAAGCAGCGUGGCGCCUCCUAGCUCAGUCACGGCCAUCACAGAGUCAAACCUUCUUAAGCGAGCCGUUUCUGCAGAUGACUGCAGCAGUUUGGUUUCAUCUGCGCCCACUGGGAGCAGCAACAGCAAAGUGAACUCUGUGCUGGGGUUGUUCCGCAAACUGGAAGGAACGUCCGCUUCACGUAACCAAUCACUCGUCCAGCGAUCAAAGCGUCCAACAUCCAUGAUAGUCGACCAGGUGAAACGAAGUCAAGCGGCCUAUACCGGCUCCCACAGCGACAGUGCUCUUUUGUCGCAGCUGCCAGUCAUCAAAACAGAGGAUAAAUUACGAGCGAAAACGGACCAAUCUAACAACCACCCUACGCCUGCUCCCGAUAUGCAUGUUAUAGCAAAGGCAAAAACUGGGAAGACUGUCGGUGCAAUCCGUAAACAAAGUAACAGUCCCACAAUCAUUAAGGAUGAGGAAAAUGUGGCUUCCUCCUUGAUGGUAAACAUGAAUGAAAGUCAAGUUGCUAAAAUGGGAACAAAUCACCAGUCAGUGAAAAAAGAUCCUGUUCGGACCACGAAUAUUAAGUCGAUUCCACGACCAACAAGUCUGAAAGGUCUAAAGGAUGUUGCAGUUGAGAAUAAUUCAUCUGCAUCCAAUCAUUUAGUCGGUGACACAGUAGCUGGACAUUCAAAGAAACUAUUACCAGAAAUGAACAAUAAACUGUUAGAAGGAAGGCAUGAAAGAGGCUUCCAAACCGAUGGUGUUAACGCUGCUAACAAUGUUAAGACCUCACACCAGCUUGAGCGGCGUACAUGUUUGGAACUUCCGUCUCCAGCAGAUGAGGCGCCUUCCUUGGUGUCCCCGGGAGACGAGUCAGGCAGUCAGAGUUUUGAUUCGUGGUCUGUUUCUUCGGAUCUGGAGAGCCGGGAGAACCUUUCAUCCCCGAUCCCUCCUUACCUGGUGGGGGAUGGCAUAGAGGAAAGCGUAGGUGACCGCAUACGCAGGAAGAGCUAUUACUCGCGGUUCAACAACACCAACAGGAAGAGUCGGAAAUCGUCUGUGCCCGUACUGUCUUCCUCCUACUCAUCCAGCAUGCACGAGUCGUCCAACCCCCUGCAAUCCAGGAAGGUGUCUCCCAAGCACGGCUGCCUUCGCUCCAGCAGUUUCCGUAGCCAGUCCCUGUAUGCGGAUGAUAAUUCGCCGUUGUACGGAAGGAAGUCACCUGUUCACACUCGGGGAUACUACAGUGAUCUCGUAAACAACGUGGGGUCUGUCGAUAUGAAUGACAACUUGCAGAACGGCCUCCCUGCAUACGCAGAUGAAUGCAGUAAUGCAGACUACGGUAGGAUUACGCAUUUGGACGGUUACUGCGCCGAGGAUUAUACCCCGUACACGUGUAGAAACUCGGAGAGGCGACUCUCCCGGCCGACAGACUUCAUAAGAGAUGUGCGUCGCAGCUCCAGCUAUUUACCAGGACUGUACAGCUCACUGCGUGCACCAUCCUCUGCGUCCGGCUACACGGACGGCGAUGCGAAGUACAAUCUGCCAGAAGGGGAGGUCUGCGAUCUUGGGAAAUAGAGCAGAUAUAGUUCCCGCAAAGCAGCAGAACCUCCCUGCGACUGAGGACUGGAAGAUUUGCCCGUUGGUUCUGCCGCCCCGGAACUGCCAGCGGUGCCGCUGAACAACGAGCCCAGCAGUGGGAACCCUCGAACAGCGUUGCUCGUCUGCAACCACGUUCUUUACCCUGACAUCCCGACCACAGAAUGUGCCAAGACAGUGUUGCGAGACUUUCGUUUAGUUAAUGUGAAUUUUCGAACGUUCAAAGUCAAAACGUGACGUAUUUCAUAUGUUAUUGAUUGAUCAUUCGUUUAGGCUCAACAUGACACUUUUCACCUAUCAUUUUUUUUUUUUCCAAAGGAAGUGUUACUGGUUGUGUUUAAAUUGACUGCAAAUCUAGCCGUGUGUUUUCUUUGACUGACGUGCGUGGAACCAUCGAUACUGGUUGAUGUAAGUUGGAGGGAACUGAACCACUGGUGACGUAGUGCCAUAUUGGGAGGAAGACUGUAGUAGUUUAGUUGUGACUUUGCAGUGUGCCAGCGUGCAUGGAUGAGUGUUUCCCCCCCCCCUCCCCCUCCCCAUCUACUAUCCUAUGGGAAAUUCAGGUGUGUCCAAGUUCUUGUUUUGUUUUCUCCAAUACUACCUACCUUCCUUUUUUUUUAGUGUUCGGCCACAAAGUGGAUUACUAAAAGUACCACACCUCAUGGGAAGCCAUGACAGUUAUGAAUUAUUUUUCAUUCAAUUCAGAGCUAUUAGUAAUACACAUUGUUAUCUUAAAUGUCAGUAUUUAAGCCAUUUGGUUAGUGUACUUUUGAAUAUUUAUGAGUCAAUAUGAUUCUGUAACUAUAUGUAAAUUCAUAAGUUUGCUAAUUUGAGUAAUUUUAUUCGGAAUUGCUGCAACCUCAAACAAUCCUUUUAAACUUUUAAUGAAGUGAUGGUAAUCAUAAGUAAACCCCAGAGUUAAUUUCAAAAUUGUAACAUUUACAUAUUUACAAUAUUUACUUUCACUCUUGUUUGAAUGAUUUUCAAAAUGUUAAAUGAAGAUCUUAAGUUAUUUUGUGCUACCUACAUGUCAAAAAUUUAAGCAGGUCUAGGCCUUUGCGGUUCCCCGAUUUUUCACUUCCGGUUUCAGUUUUUUAAAAUUACCCAACCUGGAACUGACUUUUAAAAUCUUCUGUUUCAGUUCCGAGUAUUUUUUACAUUUCUGUUAACUCGUGUGGUGAUACUUUUAUCAUGUUGGAAAGGUAAACAAACACAUUACAUAUUUGAAUUUCUUCAAAUCUCACAAUAUAAUAACAACCAAAAAAUGAUAGAUACAGACAAGAUUUUAUGGGUUUUUUUUCAUCUAUUUACAUUUUUAAAACAGAAGAUUUCAGAUUUUAUUUCUAUAAAUUCUGUUUUAUAAUACUUAUUUCACCAAAAAAAAAAAAAAAAAAGUGAAAUGUUUAUAGACUGCAUUUUAACAAUAAAAUUUGUAAUAUUUGUCUAAAACAGAUAAAUUUGAACAAUAAAAUGAAAUAAUUUUUUUGGUCCAUGCACUUUGGUACAAAUUUUGUCCUGAAAUAAUGACUUUCAGCAAAUUUCAAAUACUAUUAUAAGAUUUUUUUGUGUUCUAUGGAUUAAUUUUUGGUGAAAUCCUGCUUAGUUCCGUGAUAUAACUAUGUAUCAUUUCGGUGCUACAUGGUGUGUUCACUUACAUUUCUGUGUUAUGCUGUGUAUUGACAUGCUUUUCGGUGUUAUUUCGGUUUUAUCACAAUUCAGCAUAUAAUCUUGUCUGUAGUCAUAGAGAACAAUUACAAUGAAUUUGAGAGAGAUAUGAAUUGAAAGCCACCAUCUUAAUUUCAACAGUAUUUUGGCCAUAAAGCAUAUUAGAUUAUAAUAUAAUUCCUGAACUUCAUAGUGACCAGCUGCUACGUAUGUUUAAAAUGGAAGAAAUUUCAAAUUAAAAUGAAACAAAUUGUUAUAGCACAAACACCAUUCUAACAAUAUGGCUUCUAGUUCCUUUCAUAUAUUGGCGGUACUGUGUUUUGCCUGUAUCAAUGUUACGAUUUCUGGCCGUUUAUACAUUAAAGGUCAAUAACAAUGUAAACAAAGUAUUCAAGCAAAACAUAUUGCAUUACAAAACAAAGUACAUUAAAACUGAGAACUAUAAAGAUCAAAUUAUAUUUGAAUUGUAAGAAAAAUGUAUAUAAAUGAAUGCCUAAAAUGCUGAACCAGAAAAUUAGAAUGUAUCUUCGCAAUCAGGAUUUUGAUGCUAGCAACUAAUGGCCUACCUAUUCGAAGUUUGAAGUUAAGUUUUAAAAUACUUGAAGCUUAUGCGAAGAGUGUACACCUAUUUUUCUGUGUUUUUUUAAUUGUUUUUAAUAAGAAAAUCAUGACUCAGUUAAUCUCAUUCAUAUUUAGGGUAUCAAAAAAGAAUUUUUUUUU